AUGGACGAAGUUUGGUUUCAGAGAAGAAGGGUUGAAACGAAAAGCAGAGACGGUGACAUCGCCGUGUAUCGUGGAGGAACGGUAAUGGUACACUUUGUUGAAGAUAAUAUACAUUUUAUACGAAAAUCUGUCCCUAAUUUUAUUUAUGAGUGA